GCGAGGCGGCGAAGACGCCGCGCGCGCUGGCGUUCGCGGCGCUCGUCGCGGUGGCGACGAAAGUCGCGGUCGAUCGGUGGUUCAUCGAACGCGCGCACGCGGACGCGGCGGUGGGCGAACGCGAGGCGGCGGACGAGGAUGGGCGGUUCGUGAACGUCGAAGGCGUCGACGUGCACUACAAGGCGACGCGGAAACGCGGCGGCGCACCGGCGACGCGAGUGAUCGAGUGCAUGCACGGAUUCGGGGCGAACGUGUCGUCGUGGACGACGAGUGGGACCAUGGAGCGGUUGAGCGAGGCGUUGGACGCGGACGUCGCGGCGCACGACUCGUGCGGGUUCGGUUUGACGGAGCGCACGCGGGACGUGAAGCGGUACACUCGGUCGAGCGAUGCGCGCGCGUGCGCGGCGGUGCUGAGAGAGGUGGGGGUGAGUGGAAAAUCGGUGACGCUCGUGGGACACAGCCUUGGCGGGGUGUCCGCCGCGCUCGCGAGCGCCGGCGAUGCGCGCGUCGAUCACGUCGUUUUGGUCGCACCAGCCAUCGUCGGCGGUAAAGUGACGCCGAUCGAUAAGAGAGGCGGUGCGAUGAUGCAGCUUCCUAUGUUUGCGCGCUUAGUGUUCGCGUGCGUCGCGGCGACGCUGAAGACAAUGUCGUGGACCCUUCUCGUCGCGACGAAGCCACUCCUGGUUGUUUUUCUGCGCUCCAUCGUGCGCUCGAAAGAGUUUUGGAGACGCGGUUUAUGCGCGGCGAUCGAUCCAUCCCGUGUGAGCACGAUGUCCGAAGGUUGGGUAGAUGGCUAUCGCUUACCCAAGGUUGUUCGCGACUGGGAGUCGGGAAUGUUUCGCGUCGUCCUCGCGUCGAUUGCCGCCGCAAACUCGCCUCGAGAGAUUUGGCGAGACGCCCUCGCGGCGGCGCGACGAACGACGGCGCCGACCACGCUCGAGGCCGAAGACGCUGUGAAUGCACUCGUCGAUAGUGGGGCGAAGAUUCUCAUCGUGCACGGCGAGAGCGAUAAGAUAGUCCCCGCGAGUAACUCUGUGGCGCUCGCAAAGACGCUCGGCGCCGAACUGAAACUCAUCCCUCGCUGCGGUCACAUGCCUCACGAGGAAUCGUGCGAGGAGUUCGUCGACGUCGUUCGUGAUUUCAUCGUUCGCACAUCUACCUAG